AGGCGUUCUGCGUUCAGUGCGUUCAAUCAGUCGCAGGCUGCGCGUGUUCAGCUUCGCGUUCUCGUCGCUUUCAAACCCGCAAAACGGCGAUGCCGGUCGUCGAAAAAACGCCAGAACGACGCCGCCCGCGCGACCGGAAACUCCACCACCAUACAUUUUAUUUCUGUGCCAAAAGGACAUAAAUUCACCGCAAACACGCGCUAUAAUUACCGAAAAUUAAAAAACAAAAGUGAAUGGAAUUACUAAAGUAUUAACUACUUUUAAACUACAUUGUAGCCUGAGCGUUAUUAUGUUAAAUCAACGGUUUUUAACGAACGUUUAAUAGAGUUGUGUGCUGUGUGUGAUUUCGUUCACUCCCCGCGGCACGUGGUGACUGUGGUUACCAAUAUGAUAACGCAAUCGUCUGUGAAGUAAAGUUGUCGACUCCCGAUUACUGGCGCGAUUGGAGUGCCGACACGCGGAUCGUUAACAUUCUCAAUCGAUCGCCGCUGUGAACAUGAUUGGCAUGAUCUCUACUAAUUGACACGAAGAACACAGUGUUCGUGUGUUGUGAGUGCGCGCGUUGUGGUUUCCUCGCAAAAGGUGAAGCAAUGAGUUCGCCAGCGAAAGUCGACAACGGUGUGCAGGACCGCCUCCUCGACACCGCCGCCAACAAGGACGACAAGAAUGUGCAAAUCGUCAAAAAGACAGAAAAUGGCAAACAUAAAAAAGAAGUGGCGAUUGUAAUCAAAAACAAUGACAAAAAAGAUUGGAAGCUGGUGCCGCCGGACGGUGGCUGGGGUUGGUUGGUGUUGUUGGGAGCAACGAUGGUUAACGUCCUUGUUCCAGGCACUGUGAAAUCCUUCGGCGUGUUAUUCGUGGAAUUUUUGGAAGUUUUCCAGGCGUCACCGGCCACAGCCGCAUGGAUCCCAGCCCUUUGUUACUUUUUAUACAGCUCUUUAGGCCCGGUCUCUAGUAUACUAUCGCUGAAAUAUUCAUAUCGCACCGUCACCAUAUUGGGAGGUACAUGUGCAGCUUUAGGAAUGAUUUUAAGUUAUUUUGCCAAUUCAGUUACGUUCUUGUACCUUAGUUACGGCGUGUUGGUCGGUACGGGCGCUGGGUUAUCAUUUCCGCCUACGGUGUACAUCGUGACCAGCUAUUUUGUGCGUUAUCGUGGACUUGCUAAUGGAUUAUGCAUUUCCGGGUCGGCGAUUGGUUCAAUCAUCUUACCGCCAUUGCUACGCGUACUUUUAGAAAUCUACGACUAUAGAGGUGCUGUCCUUUUGAUGGGUGGUAUUACUCUGAAUGUCUUAGCAGCCGCGCUUCUAUACCACCCUGUAGAGGACCACAUGAAAAGGGUACCUCGAGAUGAAAAGGAUAACGAAAUCGAAGAGGAUCCCGAAGAGGAACCUUUGAAACCCAAGUUCAUGAUCACAGGCGAUGAUAGCUCAUCACUGCAUUUAAACCGCAAUGACUCCUUCGUUGAGAACACGGAUAUCACGCAGAACAAGUUCAUCCGCAGUGUUUCCAGUGUGGCGGUACCUAAUUAUCGAAAUCAUGCGUUCGGGCGCGAAAGGAAAAUCUCCAUGCCUGGUGCGCCUAGGAAUGAGAUGACCCGGGUGAGAUCUGGUGUUGCAGUGUCGAAUAUGCACAGCAACAACAGUGCUACUGCAUUGGCCGCGCUCCCGGAAGGAAUGAACGGCCUUGGAGAGUAUCCGCACAGUAGACAAACCAGUACAAGGAGAAGAGUCCCGCGUCGUAGUCCAUCCACAAGCUCAUUCCAAUAUAUCUCCACUCCCUACCACGGCAGUACACUUACCCUCCAACCGGAAAUCUUCGCCUCUUCUUUCAGUUUGCGUUCUACGCAAACCAAAGCAUCUGAUGGGCAAACUAAAGCCCCUGUUGACCAAAAGAAGAAAUUCUUUGACUUAAGUCUCCUAAAAGACCCGCUCUACCUCAUUAUUCUCAUCUCUAACUCGACGAACGCAAUCAGCUACACGAACUUCAUCAUUCUCCUGCCGUCCUUCGCCAUCGCGCUCAACUACGAUAAAAACCAAGGCGCGCUUUUACUCUCCGUGGUCUCUGCGUUGGACCUGGUGGGUCGCAUUGGUGGUUCCGCCCUGUCCGAUUUAAAUCUUAUCCCGAAACAGUGGUAUUUCAUCGGAGGCCUUCUUGUAUCAGGCAUAUCAUUAGCCAUAUUACCGUUUUUCGAAGGCUAUGUUAUGAUUUGCAUAUUUUGUUCGUGUUUCGGACUCGCGUCGGGUAUGUACGUAGGCGUGACGGCCGUGAUAAUGGCCGAUAUGUUAGGCACAGAACGCCUGCAAUCAACGUAUGGGAUUUCGUUAUUCGUCAACGGAAUUCUACAAUUGAUCGGACCACCCAUUUGUGGUAUAUGGUUCGAAAGUACAAAAUCCUACGUAUCACUAUUCUUCUGUCUCGGAAUGGUACUGAUCGUAGGUGCUGCUAUCUGGGGCUUUGUGCCGUUUAUUAAAAAACGCAAGCAAGUCGUAGAAAAUGCAGAAAAUGACUACGACGACGAGGCUAUCGAAGAAGAAUAGCUUAUUUCUUAAACUUACCAAGCUUUUCUUGUCUUCCCAUUGCAGAUUUAUGCAAACAUGCAAGUUUUACCGUAUUUAUAUGUACCAGAACUUCCAUUUCUUAACUUAACAUUUAUUUUUAUUUAUAAAGUUAACCAUAUUUUAGUUACUGACGAUGUACGGCUCGGGUAUUGGGUUUUCGCUGAUAAUUUUUCGAUUAAUUUAUGAAAUGUCGCGGCUAGUGAACAAAUAUUGUAUUUAAAUGAUGACGAUGGUGAAGACUUAGCUCAAGUCAAUUGUGUAUUGAAACUGACUCUAGUGAUCUAUGCAAUAUUGUACUGUACUUAGAUAACUACAAUGAUUGCUGCACAGCUGAUGCCUUUAACAAAAACAUUCAAGAGCGGUAGAGCUUGAAUGAUGCACAAUGCGUUGACGAAACGCAAGAAGAGAAUUAUUUUCAAACAAACUAGAUAAUUGGACCACUUCAGGGUUAAUAAUAUGACUAAUACUGCAAGUUUUCUAUGUAAGUGACGACGUGUGGUGUGAAUUCCCAUGCCCAUUAUGUUAAUAAAUUAAUUAAAUGAUAAGUUGUACUUAUGUUACCAUUUGUAUAAUAUAUUAUAAAGUUUAAUGUA